GUGAUAGAAGAGAGAGAAAAACUGAAGAAUGAACGAGAAGCACGGCAGAAGAAGCUUUACUAUCUCAAGACUGAAUUGGACAGGCUUCGUAAACAGCAAGGAGAGAUGUUGAGAAAAAAACGUCGUGAGAAGGAUGGACACAAAGACCCCUUGUUGGUUGAGGUGAACAGACUACAAGAGAAUAUUAUGAAGGAGAUUUCAGAGCUGCAUAAAGAAUCUGAUGCAGCUGACAAGAAGCAAUCUGAGCUUGACAAAGUAGCACAGAUCCUGGGGAUUAACAUAUUUGAAAAACCCCGGAAACCAUCUGUGGAAACCAAAGAUUCCUUGGAAAAGAACAGCAAGUCAGAAAAUGCAAAAGGUCUGGAGAAAACAUCUUCCUCCAACAAGGAAUCAAAACCUACUAAUGAAAAAUCCAGAGGUAGAAGCCCGAAGCCAGCAGAAUCCUCUUCACAGUCCUCCAAACAUCCUUUCCAGUUGGCCAAUAUUUAUGAAUAUUAUGAUGCAGGGAACCACUGGUGCAAAGACUGCAAUACCAUCUGCGGGACCAUGUUUGACUUUUUCACACACAUGCAUAAUAAGAAACACAGACAGACCCUGGAUCCUUACAACAGACCUUGGGCUUCGAAGACCCAGAGUGAGACCAAACAAGACUCCAUAAAACGCAUCGAUAAGAUAACUGUUCCUGCCAAAGGCUCUGAGUUUCUGAUUCCCAUCACUGGAUAUUAUUGCCAGCUCUGUCAUGAAUUUUUUGGAGAUCAAAUCUCAGCAGAGCAGCAUGUGAAAAGCCAUCCUCACAAUGAGAAAUAUAAGAAAUACAUAGAUGAAAACCCACUCUAUGAAGAGAGGCGAAAUCUAGACCGUCAAGCUGGAUUGGCUGUAGUUCUGGAAACAGAGCGCAGGCGGCAGAGUGAACUGAAACGGAAACUAGUUGAGAAACAGAAAGAAGAGAAGGAUGAGAAGAAACCAAAAAUAAUAAAGAAAGAGGAAGCAAAGAGCAUCCCAGAGCUUGGAGAAGGGACUAGUGAAACUCAAGGCAAAAUAGAUUCUUCUGGGCGAAAAAUGGGCAUCAAGCUUAAGCUGAAAAAGGAAGAGAAGAAGGAGGAGAAAAAAGAAGAAAAGAAAGAGGAAUCUAAAAAGGAGUCACCAAGCCAGACUUCCUUUGGGAAAUUCAGCUGGAAAAAGACUGAGAGAGAGGAUAAAACCCCAGGAGGAGCUAUUCCAAAGGAGGAGAGUACAGAAGGAAGCAAAGAGGAGAACAAGUGUCAGACUGGGAAACCCCAUGUCAAGCCCAUUGAAAUCAAGUUGUCUGGGAAAACUGUUAUUCCGCAUACUAGCCCAUGGACACCAGUUGUUUCCACUACAACACCAGCAAAAAUUCUACCCAAUCUACCAGUCCCCACUAUGAUUUUCAGGAAGUCUACUGCUGCAACAGUUAGCAAACCAGCACCUUUGAACACCUUUUUAUCCAUAAAAUCCUCUGGAGCUACCACCAAACCACUGCCUGUGGUAAAAGAAACCAAUGCAGACCUUUUACUGCCUCCAGAUAUAAUCUCAAAGGCUUUUGGAGGAGAAGAAGUAAUUUUGAAAGGGGCAGAGGAGGAUUUGAAAGCAGCAGAGAAAAGUGAGUCUUCUCAGACUUCAGAUAUACCACGUCCACCCCCUCCUCCACCAGCAGUCCAGCAGGCAGCUGUCAUCCCUGCUGAUGAAGUAGCUCCAGGUGUGUCUGAAAGUGAACAGACGAUGCUGGCAAUGCCCGUGAGACCCCCUCCACUACCACCUUCAACUGCUUUCAGUGAACAGGCAAAAAAGGUAGAGAAACGAAACUCUUGCUUGGCCACAGCCAAUGCUAAAGAUCUCUAUGAUAUUUUCUACAGUAGUGGUGGAAAGGGUUCAGCUGACAGCAAGCUUGCAAGCUCUACACUUCCAAAUGGAGAAAACUCUAACCUAACAAAACCCACAGACUUAUCUGCAAACCCUAGAACAAAUAAUAGCUCAUCCUCCUUGAAAGAGGAUUCUCAGAAUGCAGCUACUGAAGUUAGCCAAGUCCACUCAGCUGAGAGAGGCUCAGAACUGGAGAAAACUGAUAUUCAGGAGACUUCAACAUUUCAUACUGAGAUGAUCCAUGACAUUGAAAAUGGUAUUCAGAAAGACAUAGGUCAAAAAUUUCAGACUUCUCUUUCAACAGAUGUUCAGACUAAAUUGAAAGAAGAUUCCUCACAGUGUAAUAAUCAAAUAAUGGUGAGUUGGGUCCUUGGUGAGAAUCAGGCUGAAAUGAACAAGAAACCACUUCAGCCUCAGCUAUUGGAAAUGUCAGUCACAGAAUUGCCAGAAACAAAAACUGCUUCUGGUAUCCAGAUGCCUGCAGAAAUUGGAUUUGUGGGUAUAGGAGGUAGAGAGCAGGUAGGCAGACAGGAAUUCUGUGGUCUGCAGAAAACAGAGGUCCAAGAGAAAGUUGGACAGGAAGAUGCAAGUAAAACUGCAGUUACUAACACAAGUGUUCCUAGUACCUUGGAGAAAGACGCAGAGAUGAAAGACCGGGAAGUAAAAGUGGUAAAGCCUGAGCUUACCUUACACCCAAAGACUUUGUUACCUGAAACACAGAAUGAAGUUAAAAAUAUGGGAAAUUCUCAUUUGGUAGAGGAAAAGUUAAGUGAUAACUGUAGAACUCGCUCAGAAACUGUUAGUCCAGACUUGCUCUGUGAUUCUCAAAACACUUCAAAAGAAAAAACUUUUGUAGCAGUAAUGACAGAGCCGAAUUCUAUUGAUGCCUCCUUAAAAGAUGAAAAACUGAGAAGUGUAGCUUUGGAAGUAUCUCAGCCAGGAGUCCAUGGUGAAGCUUCCCAAAUUUCAGAAACCCAAAAUAAGAUUUCAGAAUUGACAAGAAGUCCUGGUGAAUGGGACACUUCCAGAACUAGUAAUGGAGAAGAACAGGUCAUUGCAACCCAUUCUUGUUCUGAAAGUGGUUGGGAUCUACCAAAUACUCCAAAUGUAGAAAUAAAAACUGGUUUUAAUGAAGUUAGUGCUUCAGAAUUGACAGCGGUACGGCCAGACACAUGUCUUGCCAACACAGAACGUAGAAGCAGCAUAUUAGAAGCUCAAGAAAAAGUUCAACCUGACCCUUCAGGCCAUAUGGUGUUAGAUAACCAAACCCAAAGGCAGGAAGUUGCAUGGUUAGUCAAUGCCUGCUCUGCGAACAUUGUUGAACUCAGAUCCAGUGUAGAAUUAGUAGUUGAAGUCGAAAAAAAAUCAUUAGGACACACUGGAUCGGAUGCAACAUUAGAUAAUGUUUUUGUCAAGAGAGAGGCAAAAGAAGUAGGGACUGGAGGCUUCACUAGGGCUCGCUCUGAUCCUGUCCAAGACUCAGUAGUUGCUUUAUCAGCAGAUUUCCAUAGGGAGCAUCUUUCAGCAGAAUCUGUCCACUCCCCAGAAACAAAGCAUGAGGUUGUAAGAACUUCAGCAGCCAGUGACUUUCAUCUGAAUACCACUCACUUGGGACUGAACACUGAGCAAUCUGACAGUCUCUCUGCAAAUGUUCGUGUGGACAACAAGAAAAUUUCUUUGACAUCAGAAGAAGAUGUGAAACACAAUGAGACUCCCUCCCAGAAAGCAGAGCUGGAGUUCAAAAGCACUGAUUUCAGUUUGGGAGAUACUAAGGUAAAACAUGAAUGCAUCAGCAUCCUUACGGCUGGACUUUUAAAUGAGAAUACGGAAGAAGUCUCAAAACUAGAAACUGUUGCAUCCAUUAGACUGGAGUCCAACAAACUUCAGAAGCUGGGCAUUGAAAAAACAGUGGAUGAAACAGAGAUUACUGAUUUUGCUACAUUGACUUCUGGUACUCGGGAAGAUAAAUUUUGCACACGGAUUUCCCAAACAGCUAUGCCACAGCUUGGAUUGCAGUCCUCAAAUAGUGACACCACAGAAGUGGUCAUGCCAGUUCUAGAAAUGCAGGGCAUUUCUCCCAUUUCUGAGAUCCUUCUGCCAGCGGAGGAGAGCAAAGGUGGCACUGUUGAAAUGCCGUCACUGAGUUACGAUGGAGGCAGCACAGAAAGCCAGGCUUCUGGGCCUGUGGAAGCUUUCCUUCCUGGGCUCAAAGAAGCACACGGAAAGGAGGGUGGCUCAGGAGGCAAGAGAGCGUGUAUCAUCCAGAGCAAGAAGACUGAGCAAACAGAAACUACUGACAGUAGUUUGGAAGCUACAACAAAUUCACAAAUUGCUGAAAGCUUAGCAGAAAGCCCAGUGGGUUGA